UCCUUUUCUUAAAUGGAGGAAAACAGAGUGUAAGGUGUGGGGUUUGGGAUUUUCAGUUUGCAUGGGGAGGGGGUAUCCUUCCACACAGAUGUUUUCUUCUGAGGUAUAAAAUAAUAAAAUUAGGAGGAAUAUUUAGAGCCAAGAAGGAGUGGCCUGCUGGGAGAACACUGAUGUGUUUUCUCGUUUUUCACCUGGUCUCUUCCCUAAUAACUAUAUCCAGUAUUUGGCCAUUAGCUGUAUGUACACAUAUAGUGUUUGCAGGGGUUUUACUCUAUUUACUCCAGAGAAUAAUACAAUGAUGUAUUUAUUAUUUUUAGUUUCUGUCAACAAUGAAAAGGGCUCUUUUCUUCAAACAUGAAUAAGCCAAAAAGAGUUAACAAAGGUAUUAUGAACAUAGAAAAUUCUCCCUCUGUUCCAGUUACAAACUGCAUCAGCCAUUAAGUUUGCAGCACACACAGUAAGAAAUGUCCCUGAUUCAGAGAAGUGACAGAGCCACAGACUCUGAGGGAAAGCCAGACUUUCUGCCUCACCCUGGGACAAGUUUGUCUGCCCACAAUGUGGCUGCAGCACAGAGAGGUAAAGUGACUUUCAAGAUUUCUUCAAUGGGUCUCAAGGCAGGGAGCAGUGUCCCAAAACAUGGGUCAGUCACCUUGGCCUCUUUGAAGGAGCAGAUGAGUGCUUCUGUGCCACUCCAAUUCCCAUUUAAUGAAACCAUCACCAGCUGUCUUUUCUUUGGGUUUAGGUCAUGCGUCUGACCUCUCUUCCUCUUGCUCACGAAGGAGAUUGUGGGGUUUAGAGGGCAGCUCCACCUGGCAAAUGUCACAUGUCUUCUGCUAGUGUGGCACCUUAGGUGACUGUCGACCUAAGCUUCAGGCAGUGAGUUACUGGUCUGAUUCACUCCCCCUCAAUCUGGUGCAUCUGUCCCGGCAGUCGGGUGUCUCCCGUGUCCAUCAGUCGUAUGUGCUGCAGGCUGGGAGCAGGGGAGGUGAGUGCUGCCACUGCCUGCACUGUCUCAGCGCUCGUGCCCAGCUCACCACCCUCAGGCGUGCAGCUGCAUGAUCAGCACUUGCUGAUCAACUCCUGGCUUUCAAGGUUAAAAGAGAAAGGUAAAGAAGAAAAAAAAAUAGUGUGCUGCUUUAAAGGUAAGUGGUUGCUUGUGUAUUUAGGGUAAGUAUUUCUAUGUCUGCUGCCAGUUAAACUGGUGAAAUGGUAUGGGUCAUGCUGUCAUUCAGUGAAGCGUAUGGCUGUUAUGUAAAGGUUUUAAUUACUUUCUUCAUCUGUCUGCUCAGGGACACCACGCGUCUGCCAAAAUUUUGAGAAGGCUCAAGGCGUUAAAGAAAGCUCAUCUAAAUAAAGGAGGGUUAACGUGACAUUGCAGUUACUUAAUCCUGUAUUGUCCUGCCAUGUGACUGCAGGGAUACUGAGGCGCAGCAUUUCUUUUGCCUAGUGCACAGUUUAUGCUUUUCCUGUCAUCUUGCAGAAUCAGUUGCUUUGUUGAACACAUCAUGGGAAAGAAACAGAGAGGCAGCGUACUUUUCACAGCAAGGCUUCCACACACAGUGACAUUUCCAAGGUACAGUGACAAGCUCACAGGCUGAAGAAUGAAUCAAAGGCAAUCCCUACAGUCAGCUUUUGGACAUUCACCAGAAUCAAGGAGAACUACGCUCUUAAGUGUCCAUAAUGUGCAGGAUUCCAUAUUCAUACAGAAUUACUUAAUUUAAACUUAUCAGGGUAUCUUGUUAAACGGGGAAGUGAUUACCCUAUAGACUAUGACAACAGGAUAUGUGGAUGAAGGAAAUCUUGGAAAAUACCACUGUUCCAGGUGGCAUCAUGAGGACAGCGGAGAAGAUGAUGGGCGCCCAGAGUGCCAUGAAGGAGAUGAAAAGGGCAACCAGCACAGGCUGACCCCAUUUGAGAAACUAAUGCAGGAUAUGUCUCAUAAUGAAAAAGUGGUGAAAGAAUUAACACUGGGAAAGAGAAUUGCCUUCUAUCGAGUCAGAGGAGAAAUAGGAAGUGGGAAUUUCUCACAAGUGAAGCUUGGAAUUCAUUCCCUAACCAAAGAGAAAGUUGCAAUUAAGAUUUUGGACAAGACAAAGCUAGACAGGAAGACUCAACGUUUGCUGUCUCGUGAGAUAUCCAGCAUGGAAAAGCUGCACCACCCAAAUAUCAUCAGGCUGUAUGAAGUGGUGGAGACACUCUCAAAACUGCACCUGGUGAUGGAGUAUGCAGGAGGUGGGGAGCUCUUCACUAAAAUCAGUACAGAAGGAAAGCUGCUAGAAACAGAGUGUAAAAUAAUCUUCUCCCAGAUUGUGUCUGCUGUGAAGCACAUGCAUGACAAUAAUAUCAUUCACCGGGACCUGAAAGCAGAAAACGUGUUCUAUGCCAGUAACACCUGUGUUAAGGUGGGAGACUUUGGAUUCAGUACAUUAAGUAAAAGAGAUGAAACUUUAAAGACUUUCUGUGGCUCUCCUCCUUACGCCGCUCCUGAACUCUUCCGAGAUGAAAACUAUAUUGGCAUCUAUGUAGACAUCUGGGCACUGGGAAUCCUCUUAUACUUCAUGAUGACAGGUAGCAUGCCAUUCCGGGCAGAUACAGUAGGCAAGCUGAAAAAGUGCAUUCUUGAAGGGACAUACACUUUGCCUCCCUGCCUCUCAGAAAAUUGCCAGAAACUGAUAAAAGGAGUCCUUCAGCCAGUACCGACCAAGCGAUACUCUGUCAAACUGAUUAUGAACAGUGAAUGGAUGCAAGGAAUACAGUUCCCCAAACCUUUACAGACAUUUAAACUGGAUCCGAAAUAUUUAUCAGAUAUCAGUACACUAAAAGAAGAAGAAAUUGAAGUGAAAAAUAUUAUGGAAGAUCUGGGAAUCACAGAACAGCACAUUCAGAACAACCGGGGAAGAGAUGCACGCAGCUCCAUAACAGGGGUCUACAGAAUCGUGUUGCACAGAGUACAGAAGAAAAGGGCACUUGAAUGUGUUCCUAUCAUGUCCCAGCCAGAUCCAACAGAAGACAACUCGAGAAACAGAAUCACUUCUUACAGUGGCAUUAAGCACACAUCCAAGCUGUGUUCUAUUUUAUAAAACUGCACUGCAGGCUUUAUGCUCAGCACAUUUGACAAAGGGGAUUAUUCACUUAUCCUUAAGCUGUAGUGUUAACAUUUUUUUGUAACUUUUGAAUAAACCAAAAAUGCCUCAUCUUCUUUGCAUUGCUCAAUUAGCAGUGAAGCACUCAAAACUAGAGCUCUUGUGCAUUUAUUUGACCAUUUCUCCAUAUACUUGGUAUGGCCAGAGCAAGAACCCAGUAACUGCAAAGAUCAUGAGUAGAGGGGAUCUUUUAAUAAAUGCCGUACUACUGUACUUAACCUCUUUGGGAGAUUCUCUGCACAGACUUGUAACAGCUAACUUCUGAAAGCCCAACACAACUUCACCACUGAAAAUCAAGACAGUUUUUGCAGAGAACUAAAGUUAAGCAGAGACCAGACUAUAAUCUAAACAAUUGCAAAUUCUUUUGAACUUCCUCAUCAAAUUUAACAAGUUAAUUUUUAAAAAGCAUUUUAUUUUCUUUCUAGAAACAUCAAAGCUGUUGUUGGCUGCAGUUCCCAACUUGUCACGAUUCCAGAAGACAAAGCAGGAUUCAAUACUUCAACCCUGUACGUGUGGCUGCCUGACUGGUGGGCUACCAUCAAUUACCCUUGUGACGCCUUCCACUGCUUGCAUGAUUCUGCCACUCUGGAAUUGCUUGGACUCCAGCUUCAUUCCAAUAAAGAAAGAUUUAAGCAUA